AUGAAAAGCAAAGAUUUGGAUUUUGAAAACGUAGGGACAAUGUGUAAUAACGGAUGUAGAAACUUGGGGAUCACUUUGGUUAAACGAUUUGGAUGGAGUGGAAUUGAGGAUAGAUUUAGACCGUGGGUUUUGCAGAAAUGA